UUUGCUUUGCAACACCCCCCUCUGUGUGUGACAGGCUCUGCCACUCACUGUUACUAUGGGAACGAGUAAACUGAGCACAGGAAAUUGGGAAAUAAAAGAGAAGAAGAAGAGUUUGGUGUACAGACACAAAGGCUAUCGGGAGAAAACAGAGAGAGAGAGGGAAUGUUUCUCCUUCCGUCAGCUGAGGAGAACUGAUGUGCAUCACCUUCACCCAGCUGUUACUCGACGAUGCCGCUUGCACAGAGGUCAUCUUCCAGCUGUGCCAAGAUGCAAACCAAACUGAGCUCCUGGACUCCUCUGAACCACGCUCCCUCCAACAGCAAGGUGUUUGAAGAAAGGCGGAAACUUCUGUCAAAGUGGUGUGACAGGUGGAGUGACAGCCAGAGGAGGGCGGUGCUGCAGGACUUGGUGCUCAGCUGUUCGGUGGAGCAGCUCCUCUUCCUCAGCCUCAGUGUGAGCAGACGGCUCCCCCUGCAGGCGGCUGACUUCACCUGCCCGCUGCCCCGGGUCCUCUGCCUCUACCUCUUCUCCUUCCUGGACCCCCGCAGCCUGAGCCGCUGCGCACAGGUGAGUUGGAGCUGGAGGAGCUUGGUGGAGCUGGACCAGCUGUGGGGGCCAAAGUGUCUGAGGCUGGGCUGGGGCCUCACCUUCACCCCCACCCCCCUGGAGCAGGGGGUGUGGAAGAGACUCUACAUCCACUCUGUGCAGGAGCUGAGGCUCACCUCACUGCAGGCGUCCUCCCCCCAGCAGCAGUUGGAGGCUCCACACGUCUCCUCCAUCAGUAAACCUGAAGAUCUGUCAGAGGCGGUCUUCAUCAGUGAGGGGGGGGCAGCCUCCAUCAGCCAGCCUCCAGGAAGCAUCUCCAGGACGGGGAUAAGAAAGGAGAAGCAGCCUGCCCCCCCACCCUGGAGAGACUCUGACAGACGUCCUGCAGACACUCUGCGCUUCAACUACCUCGACAACCUGGACCCCCCCGAGCAGGCUCUGAAAAUGCGGAGGACCCUCAGAGCCCCCACCUGCAGCAGCAACACACCAAAGAAAUCCCCGUCUGAGACACACUACAAGCUACGCAAAGCCAAAUCAAUGAUGUUCCUCAGCUCCAACUGCAGACCUCCUCCUCCUCCUCCUCCUCCUCCUCCUCCUCCUCCUCCUCCUCCUCCUCCUCCUCCUCCUCCUCCUCCUCCUCCUCCUCCUCCUCCUCCUCCUCAUUACGAGAGUCGACCCUCUUGGGCGUCUCCCAGUCACGACCACCCCGUCACCAAGGAGCCGGUCGGCAGCCUGAUGCGCUUCGCCCAGUGGAAUGCAGGGAUGCGCCCGGGGCCGGUGAAGUGGGCGGGGCCCCGGCCCAGGGGGGAGGCGCUCAGGGCGUCCCAGCGCUCUCACAGGAGCCCCCCCAGUGUUCCCCUGUUUGAGGUUCUUCCCUGGACUGUGCCUUUCUCAAACACACACAGAUGAAGCUCAUCGCCUCCAUCAGGAACACAUCAAAGCUGCUGCAUCAAAGGGUGGAGUUUAUAUAUUUUCAACAUGUAAUGCCGGAUACAUUACAUGUUACUUGUUAGACGCUUUUAUCCAAAUACAACUGAAAUCUCUUGGCAAGGUAUUGAGUAAGAACCGCACUGCUAGUGGCAGGCUGAAAAAAAAGCCAAUUAUUAAGAGUCAUUCUAACUCAAUAUAUCAUAUUUGUUUUACAUUGUGUGAAAAUAACUCCAGAAAAAGAUUUACAGAGAACCAUUUGGGAAGAAAAACACUGAAAAAAAUACUAUAAAUAAAUAUAAAUCUAUAAAUACUGUA